CGUACUGAGCGGACGUCUUCGGAAUUUUCCGACUUUACCCGAACGCGAUCGGCCGCGAGUGAAUCUCGGUGUUUACGUUCCAAUUUCGUGAUUAGUGACUUUUUGUUGUCCUGGAAUUUUUACUCAACGUGUACAUAGCCGUUGGGAAUUGCUAAAUGCAAUGUGAUGGAGGAUGGCAAUCAAAGGGAGCACAUAGAACAGACGGCCGGCGUCAUGUAACUCUGUAAUAUGAAUCUCAGUAACUUAGUCUUGUACAUCACUAGCCUGCUAUGGCUGAACCUCACUGACGCUAAAAUAGGGUACUUUUGGCACAUCACAGAUCUUCAUUAUGAUCCGUUUCACAACUCCCCAGAGCUACAUAGAGGUUGUCGUCACAAUCGCGGGAACAAUGAACACAGUCAUCGGAAUGGCAGGCACCGGGAUCACACGUGUGACAGCUCCUGGCCUUUGAUACAAAGCGCCGCCGCCCUCAUGGCGGAGAGGCAUCCUGAUACAUUAGAGUUCGUGCUUUGGACUGGAGACAUCCUCUCCUCUUCAAUGGAACAUUUAAGUGAAGAAAUAAAGCUGGAAGCCGUGAGAAACGUCACAGAUGUAUUAAGCAGAACGUUUAGCAGUCAGUUUGUGUUCCCUGCGCUGGGUCAUAAUGACCCGGCACCUUCUAAGAGGCUGGUCGACAUGUGGAUGCAGUGGCUACCUACAGAAGCGUUACAGACUUUUGAAACUAGUGGUUAUUAUACAAUAGAGCAAUCCAAGAGCAAAUUGAGGAUAGUAGUGCUAAACAGCGUACUAUGGGCGGGAGGAGCUGCCAGGACUGAUGGUCCUCACCGGGGCAGGCAGCAGUGGGAGUGGCUGGAACAGAUCCUCAGUAAAGCUAGGAGAAGAAAUGAAAUGGUCUACCUAGUAGCUCACGCGGGUCCAGGAGUAGAAGAACGGCACAAUGCAGGUAGUUCUUCAGCUGCUGGUGGAGGGGAACUAACUCCUACAGCCAACGCGAGGCUGGUGCAUGUCAUCCGAGCGUUCAGCGAUGUGAUUGCUGGACAGUUCUAUGGACACCGUCAUGCUGACACGUUCAGACUUAUUUAUAGUGAAGGUCGACCAGUAUCCUGGGCUUUAUUGGCCCCUUCAGUCACACCUAGAGGCGCUGGUAGCACCUCAAACCCAGGAUUAAGACUUUAUAAGUUCGACUCUAAUACCGGAAAGGUCUUGGAUUAUACUCAGUAUUACUUAGAUGUAAAUAAUAUAAGAGGGGAGGCCCACUGGGCGAUAGAAUACAACCUAACCCAAUACUAUGGACUGAGAGAAAUUAGCCCGGCUUCCUUGGACGCCCUGGCUGAGAGGAUACGGAACCAUCAUGACCGUGGAGUAUUUGCUAAGUAUUUAACAGCACUGCGUGUACGACAUGCGGCAGACGUCGCAGAAUGUGAUUCAGCUUGUGUGCACGUCCACUUCUGUGCAAUAACGCGCGCAGACUACCACGAGUUUCGCGCAUGUGUCCGCAACCCUGCGUCGGCGCUAGCGUCGCGCGCUGCUCAAAAUUCGGCGGCCAUCUUACUUUACGCAAUUUUGAUUUUACUAAAAUCGUAAUAUUAAGCUUCCGUGGUUUUCAAACAACCUUUUGUCUAGUAGAAUCAGUGUUCAGUUCAUUCCUACAUUCAUGAAACAAAGAUCAAACAGCUACAUAUUAAAAUAGGUACAUAAAUAAUCGUGUUUAUUUCUUAAAGAUAAAAUAUAAGUUUGAUUAAUAAUAUUUAUCACAAAGUUCUAAUUAAUCACAACAGUCGUUUUCCUAAAUCAUUUUAUUUUCGAAGUGACAAGAUUAAUUGGGAAACUUAGGUACGCCCCACCUAAGUAUCAUUUGUUUCACCUGAAAGCAUUGUCUUGAUUAUUGUAAAAUACAUUAUCAAACGCUUUAAUUUAUAUAAAAAGUAAAAGAAGAUUAUGAAUCAUUAUUGAGUGUAAUUAGAAUUUGUUUAUUGUGAUCUU